CACUUGGGAAGGGUUGAUCUAAUAAAAACCUGGAGGGACCUGAACCUGAAUCGACGCCGGAACAGAAAUUCAAAAAGAUUUAUGGCCCUAGCGCGGGACCGCCGAGUCUUGGCAUAUCCGCUCCAUGCAAUUCGACGUUUCGCUAUGCCAUUAUUGCGUAGCGUAGGGCAUUUGUUGCUUCAUUCACAAAACUUUCUCACAUUUCCCUCUAUUGGGUUCCACACAACAUGUCUGUCUCAUUGACGAUAGUCCUCCCGGGUGACGAGAUCCCCUCCAGCGCUCUCCCCAAACCCCAAAAUCAGAAAAAGGCCCUCACGCUCGGUCCCGGCCUACGACACAUCCCACCCGGCACCAUCACCACCACAAUCGCAGGCGCAUUGGUGACAGACAACAAGAAGAAUGCCGCGUGGAUAGAAUACAACAGCGGCAGGUACCUCCCCUCAACCAACGACCUCAUAAUCGCAACCGUCAACACAUCCUCCGGUGAGGCCUUCAACUGCUUCAUAACGCCCAACACACCCCUCGCCACGCUCCCGCACCUCGCCUUCGAAGGCGCGACAAAGAAGACACGCCCGCAACUCCCACCCAACGCCCUCGUCUACGCGCGCGUCGCCAACCCGGGACGAGACUCCAUCCCCGAAUUAACCUGCGUCGAUGCGUCGGGCAAGGGCGACGGGCUCGGCCCGCUGAAGGGCGGGAUGGUGUUUAAGAUUAGCUUGGGCAUGGCGAGGAGGUUGCUCGCUGGGAGGAAGAAGGGGGAGGUGGUAGUGUUGGAGGGGUUGAGUGAGAAGGUUGGGUUUGAAGUCGCGAUUGGGAGGAAUGGGUAUUUGUGGGUGGAUGGCGGGAAUGUCAAGACGACGCUUGCGGUCGGGAGGGCAGUGCAGGAGGUGGAUGAGCAGGCGUUGGGGGAGAAGGGGCAGAGGAAGGUCGUUGAGAGGGUUUUGAAGAGUCUGUGAGAGAGGCCUUGAGAUUCGAUUCUGUGAAUCGUUGAGACGAAAUCAAGUCAGGAGAUGUUGAUGAAGGGCAUUGGCUUGGGAAAGCGGAUCAUCAUGUUCCUCACUCCACGGAGAUAGCCAAGCUCGAAGUUGAGCUUGUACAUGAGUCGUUCGGCCAGAGAGCCCCGUCACUACCUAGGAAUCUCCCAAAGAGCAGUUUCGGAGUGACUAUCCGGCCAAGUAUGCCAUAGCUUCAGUUUAUGCAAGGCUGACGUCCAACUUUGGAUCUCAAUUGCCUGUUGAAGUGGUAUCACGAGAAUCAGAAGAGCUGUAGUCUAGGUAGCGACAUGCUGUGCGCUUAGUAUCAGAUAGAGGGUCUAGAGAGGUAGGCAUUGAUCAAAUCAUAUACCCAAUAUACAAUGCAUGACUUAGGAG